AUGGACCUCGACUCGACGUUUCAAGGGCCGCGGGGCCUCAAGCGGCCGGCGCCAGACGCAGACGCAGACGCGGAGGCAGCAAACGCCAGCUCGUCCUCUGCUGCUGGCGCUGCUCGGCCCAGGAAGAUCCAGGCGUUAGAUCCGGAUGUUAUCAACAAGAUCGCUGCCGGGGAGAUCAUCGUGGCUCCUAUGCACGCAUUGAAGGAGCUGAUUGAGAACUCAGUGGAUGCUGGCUCAACCUCCGUGGAGAUUCUGGUCAGAGAGGGAGGGCUCAAGCUCCUCCAGAUCACCGAUAAUGGCCAUGGAAUCGACAACGAUGAUCUUCCAAUUCUGUGUGAGAGGUUUACUACAUCAAAGCUACAGGCCUUCGAGGACCUCUCCUCCAUCGCUACGUACGGGUUCCGCGGCGAAGCCCUGGCCAGCAUCAGCCAUGUGGCCCAUUUGACGGUGACAACAAAGACGGCUGGGUCGAGUUGUGCCUGGAGGGCUCAUUACAGUGACGGAAAGCUCGUACCAGCAAAGCCGGGACAGAGUGCUUCGCCCAAGCCUAUCGCCGGACGCAAAGGCACCCAGAUCACAGUAGAAGAUUUGUUCUAUAAUGUUCCUACCAGGCGUCGUGCGUUCCGAUCGGCAAGCGAAGAAUAUGCAAAGAUCCUGGACAUCGUGGGGCGCUAUGCGGUACAUUGCAGCGGAACUGCAUUCUCCUGCAAGAAGCAUGGAGAAGCCGGCGUCAGCCUGUCAACCUCGAUAAACUCAUCGAUAGUCGACCGGAUAAGGCAGCUUCAUGGUGGUGCUGUGGCCAACGAGCUGGUCUCUCUUGAAGUGGACGACAAGCGGUGGGGGUGUCGUACUUCGGCCUGGGUGACCAACGCCAACUACCAUGCCAAAAAGACGACCCUUCUGAUAUUCAUCAACCACCGUUCCGUCGAGUCAACCGCCAUCAAGCGAGCCGUGGAACAGACUUAUUCGACUUUCCUUCCAAAGGGUGGCCAUCCAUUUGUCUACCUUGAUCUUGAAAUUGAACCCCAACGCCUUGACGUCAACGUUCAUCCCACAAAGCGAGAAGUCAACUUUUUAAACGAAGAUGAGAUCAUCGAAUCUAUAUGCAGUGCCAUUAGGACCAAGCUUGCUGCGGUUGACUCAAGCCGUACCUUUAUGACACAAACACUCCUUCCUGGAAUACGCCCUCCAGAGCCAUCACCAUCCGCCAGAGACGCUUCUUUGGGCGGAGAGGGUGAAAGGUUAGCUCUUCGAACGGUCGCUGGAACGAAACGACCCUAUGAAAAUAAUCUUGUGCGGACGGAUGCGAAAUUGCGGAAGAUAACGUCGAUGCUCCCCCCUGCAAGUUCGGAAGCGGGCUCUGGAGAAAAACAGAACGGACAUCAAGGCCUUGCUUAUCAGAAGGUCAAUAGGGAAGCUGUGAAUAUCCGCCUUACUUCUGUAAAAAACUUGCGUACAGCUGUUCGUUCCUCCAUGCACAAUAGCCUCACCGAAGUAUUUUCUUCAAGUACCUACGUCGGCCUAGUAGACGAGCGACGUCGAGUUGCAGCCAUACAGUCAGGCGUCAAACUCUAUCUGGUGGAUUAUGGAAUGGCAUGCAACGAAUUCUUCUACCAGCUCGGACUCACAAACUUUGGGAACUUUGGAUCCAUCAACCUCGAGUCAUCUCCAAAGCUCGUUGAUCUUCUUUCCCUAGCCGUUGAGGCAGAGCGUGACGAGUACUACCGCAAUAAUCAUUCGCCCGAUGGAGAUACAGCAUCGGUAACAUCAGAUGCCAGCCGUGGGAUGGACGAAGGCAUUGUUGUAGACUUUACUGCCGCUGCCGCCACUGUGGCUAAGCAUCUAAUUGACCGAAGGGAGAUGCUAAAAGAGUAUUUCUCUCUUUCUAUAUCUGAAGAUGGAUGUUUGUUGUCCAUACCCUUAUUAUUGAAAGGGUACAUGCCAUCUCUUACAAAACUACCCCGAUUCCUUCUCCGUUUAGGCCCGUAUGUGGACUGGAGCGGCGAAGAAGCCUGCUUCCGUACAUUCUUGACAGAACUCGCAGCAUUCUACACCCCCGAACAACUCCCCGCUUCACAUUUUUCGAAUACCCCACGAGAUGGCUGUGGGAGACAGCCUGCCUCUGGUGGCAGGGAAAGUAGCCCACACUCUAUCGUGUCUGAUGUCUCAAGAGACAAUGGCAUCGCGUCCACAGACAGCCCGCAGGCGGACCAGUCAUCCAGCCACGAUGAAGCAGAAUUAGAAGACGAAUCAAUCACCCGUCGACGAGAGCAGUUGUCCUGGAUGCUUGAACAUACAUUAUUCCCUGCUAUUCGCUCACGAUUAGUUGCCACAAACGAUCUUGUUCGAGGCGUGAUUGAAGUAGCGGACUUGAAAGGACUCUACCGAGUCUUUGAACGCUGCUAG